AUGUGCACCCCCCUCACCCGUAUCUGGUCUGUUGCGUCUUAUUGGCGUCGUCUCAGCACCCCCCAGUCCUCUGGUAGGAGGACCAGUCUGCAAUCCGCGAGUUCACUUGCGAACGAGCGAGUCGCUGUCGACUUCCCAGCAGACUCUGACAGGCUUCAACUGGGUUUUCGAAGACAUCAAUUCACCUCAGAUCGUGCGAUCACUUGGCAGCUGCAACAGCUCCUCCCUCCAAGCUCGCUUGACUGCCGCAAUGGCUCCUCACUUCAGCUUCCUCGAUUGAUCUCUGCAGCGAAUUUCAUAUAUGUGGGUUCACAUGCACCUUCACUCGCGUACCCGUUGAUUACAGGCGAGAUUGCCUCUGGCAGCAUGUUUUUUGGCGGCAUGUCCUCUGGCAGACAUGCCAUAGACCACACUUUCUCCACCACCGUUGCCCACUUUGCAACCGUUUCCUAA